AUGUCUACCGAUCUUUGUCCGGUUUAUGCGCCCUUCUUUGGCGCCCUGGGUUGCACCUCGGCCAUCGUAUUCACCUGUUUUGGUGCUGCUUAUGGAACCGCCAAGGCUGGUGUUGGUGUUUGUGGUAUGGCCGUUCUUCGGCCUGACCUGAUUGUUAGGAACAUCGUUCCCAUUGUCAUGGCUGGUAUCAUUGCUAUUUACGGAUUGGUCGUGUCGGUCUUGAUUGCCAAUGACUUGAAUCAACGUCUGCCACUCUACACUGGAUUUAUUCAACUUGGUGCCGGUUUGGCUGUCGGUCUUGCUGGUCUGGCCGCUGGUUUUGCUAUUGGUAUUGUCGGUGAUGCCGGUGUUCGUGGAUCUGCCCAACAGCCCAGACUCUAUGUCGGAAUGAUUCUUAUUCUCAUUUUUGCGGAAGUCUUGGGUCUCUACGGUCUUAUCGUCGCCCUUCUCAUGAACUCGCGUUCACGCGGCGAAUGCUACCUAAGCUCAUAA